CAGCUGUUGUCUAACUUUACUCUUUGUUUUGAUUUCCCAAAUUAGAAAAAAAUAUUCAAGGUCAAGAUGUCUGAGGGUCCUCUUCCUAGUCCACCACCAUGGACAAGCUUCUUGGUUGGUGUGUCAGCAGGUGCAGUCACUGUUGCUUCAGUAGCUCUCUUGUGGCACUACAGGAAGAGUCUCAGACACAGGAUUCAAGGCAGCAAUGGUGGGAGAAAUGGUCAUCCUUCAUCAGAGCCCCGCCCUGUCACCCCAGAUACCCUGGAUGGGACCGCUGCAUUCAGCACUCAGCGAUCCCUCUUCCUCACCGACAACAACCUUGGCUUAACGUCCCAGCAUGCUUUGACAGUGACUGACAUGUCUGUGACAGCUGAAGUGAUGGGGAGAGGAGGAGGUGGUGGUGGUGGUAUUGGGGGUGUUGGUGGAGGGGGAGGUGGUGAAGAUGAACAGGGUGAUCCAGACCAGCUGUAUAGACAUGAGAAUAACCAGAGCCUGCUUAAUUUACUGUUUAAUAUUGCAGAAGACCAAGCAAAGAAAGAGGGAUUUAUACAUCGAGGCAUCACAUGUAAUAUGUGCCAGGCUAGUCCAAUAUGUGGAAUAAGAUACAAGUGUGCUAAUUGUGUUGACUUUGACAUCUGUGAGCGCUGUGAACCACAUGACAGACAUAACAGACUGCAUACAUUCAUUAAGAUUAAGAUCCCCAUACCACCCCUAGCUAAUCCUAGGACUGUGCUCUUCAAACCCUUCUAUCCAGGAAAAGAAAAAGUGAUUAAACGGGUCACAUGGGAUGAUGUCAACAAAUUGAAGAAAAUAACUCAUUUUGAUCAGUACGAGAUAGAAGCCUUACAUGAGCAGUUCAGAGUACUCUGUAACAAGGAACAAGGAAUCACCAGAGAGGUGUAUGAUCAGUGUGUAGGACCUCUGGGUUUAGAGAAGAGCCUACUCCUAGAGAGACUGUUCAAGUACUAUGAUGCCAAUGGUGAUGGCUACAUUGACUUCACCGAGUUCACCUGUGGUCUGUCGACACUGGUCAAAGGGUCCUUUCAGGAGAAGGUCAAAUAUGCAUUCGAGGGGUAUGACCUGGAAGGAGUGGGUAGCAUCAGUAGAGAUAACCUGAGACAGAUGUUCAAAGCUUACUUCUAUGUUACUAUUGAGCUGGUCAGAGAUGUGGUGAAAGCAUGCGAGGAAGAAAUGAUGGCAAACUUUGAUGACAACCAGGGUCGUCCUGUCUCGUCUCUCUUCAGUGCUCCUAUUCCAUCAGACACCGGGGCACAGAUAACCACCACCAAUGGCAAGAUCCCUUUCCCUGGCAAUCCAGGAAGCAAAGAGGACAUGUGGCCAGUAAUGGAGGCCAUGUCCCAGGAUGCUAUUGAGGAGAUGGUGGACAAUGUCUUCAAGAUGGCCAAGAUUGAUGCUGACCAAAGAAUAACCUUGGAUCAAUUCAAGAAUCUAGCUAUUGUGGAUAGCAGCCUUGUCGCCUGGUUUGACUCCUUAGGACCCAUUUUCUGAUCUAGAAAGCUUCACCAUCAUCAUCAUCUUCAUCCUUUUCUCUCUUUCUUCUUGAUGGAGGAUUCCAGUCUUUCAAUCAUUGCAUGCUUUUGCCAAUGUUUGGCUUUCACCUUGUUAAUAGAUAGUUAUGAAUAUGGUAUUCGCUUUCUUUAAACCCAAGCCACAUUAAGUCCAAUCUGACUAUUGAUGAACAAAAUUUUGCCAUUUGGGGAAAGGUAAUUAAUGGUUUGGUGAAUGGCCAUUUCUGUCGGUGUGACUUGGGUAUGAUCAUCUUGUGAUGGAAACAAUAGCUGGAAUUCAUGAAGGAGGUUUAUGUUAGACCUCAUUUAAAUCUCCAUAAACAUUGUUCUCCUAUCUAAUGAAUGGGCAACUAUACAUGUAGCUUAUAUACCCUCACAUUAGUUUACGGUGGAGCUGCUGAAAAAAGCUGCUGAUUCCAAGCAUAUGUGAACUCCUAUCCACAGGUGGUGUAUACCAGGCAUUUCAAACCUGGGCCCUGUAUUGUAAAGUUUUGCGAUUGAUUCAAAUCUUUCGCAACCUUUUUUACAAGAUGGGCCAUGAUCUACAUUUGACCUCUCCAAAUCCUCUCUAACUUGGCCCUGCCACAUACACUGUCCCAAGCUUUAAUCAUAGCACAUUUGUUUCAUGAUGAUACAGAUAGUAUUGUCUUCCAUCAUUAACAUUAAUGGUAAGUUAAUGGUAGUUGUACAUGUAUGCGUCAUAAUUUUGUUGCAUGUCAAGAAAUAUUUUUACUCGGUGAUAAGAAAACUGGCACAAUCCUUGAAUCGUAUAUAUCCAAGCACAAAUUGACCUUCUUUAGUCUACUAUUCGUGGAUCAUGAAGAUGUUGAUGAUGGUAAUUGUAAUGAGAUAAAGUUAUUAUGUCCUAUAGUUAAUAGUGAAAUGGCGCCACCUUGUGGCAGACUUGUAACAGUGAAAUACAUUUAGUUAAUGAAGAGUCUUGAUAGCUCUCUCUUGAAGCACAUAUCUUUGGUGUUACAUGAUGUUAUUUGAGCCUCCUAAGUUGAACUAAUAUGUACUUCCUAUGGUUCUUUGGAUUAUUAACACUAAUGGAACAUACCCCUAUUCCAUCUCCUGUUAGUCCUUAUUUACAAGAAUUAAUCUGAAAAUUUUCAGGUACAUGUUUCGUUGGGAUCACUUUACUUGUGGCUCCGCUGUCUUCCUGAAUUGAGAUUUUCUUUCCUCUUACCACAAAUGUAGCCAUUAUUUUGUCUUUGCAGUUUGGCAUCAAGGCUCUCGCACAAUCAUAGCCAAUCAAUAGGCCUAUGUCGCAGUCUUGUAGAGGAAUGAGCUUGCUGCUAAGAUCACGCAGGUGGGGAAUAGACUUAGCAUUCUCUGGUGUUGGUACAUGUGUCCGAUCAGCCGGCAUGAUGUCACAUGUGUAUGUCGGUGGUAAGACUAAUUUGUCCUUGCCAUCAUGUGCGCGUACACGUAGUCCUUCCACACGUUCACUGUUUAUCCUUUGGUUUUUCAUCGAUAGCGUGGAUAGCCGUAAAUUGACCUUAGUCCCAUGUAGCCCCAUUUCGUCCUUGAUGGAUUUGAGUAAGAAAGUCGUAUCUGACUGAGUAUCCAGCAGGGGAUAUGUCGAUGUUUCUCCAACACUGUCCUUAUGUGACAACCAUACAAGAACAAUCAUCGAGCUUUUGAGAGUUUCUUGACCAUCACUUUUCUUUGCAGUGUGUGAGCUUGAUGACCUCACUUCGUCUUGGGUUGUUUCUUGAUUUGAAGAUUGAUUCAAAGAGUUAACCCUUCCCCAGUCUUUAACGUGGAGUGCUGUUGGGUGUCGCCUUUUACAGUCCUUACAAGUGCUUCUCUUCUUGUACUCGUUUGAGCGAUGACCAACCUUUAAACACCCUUUAGCACAAGCCCUUUUCAACAAUCAAUUUCUUCUUCUCUUGGAUUUGGAUUGCCGCACUUGUUACACUUCUUCCCAUAAGCUGGGCGUUGCCUUUGUGGUUGGCUACCACCACAAUACUUGCAUUUAUCUACAUGCGCAGCUUUGCUGUCAUUAGCCUUUACUCUGGCUUUCUGAUUAACACUUGACUUGUUUUUUUUUACCUUUAACAUCAACACCCUUUCUUCUGAGGGUGUCAUAUCCUUAAUCUGGGCUAGUGCCUUGAAAUACUCUACAAACCUUUACACCAGCAGACAAAUCCAAUUUAGAUUCCUGCAAUAGUUUCUUCUGUAGCCCAAUAUCCUUUACGCCACAUACAAUUCUGUCUCUAAUUAGAUCAUCAGUCAAUGUGCCAUUUUUUCUUGCUUGGUUUCAAGACACAGUGAAGCCCCUUCCAGGUGUCUCAGUAGCAGGAUGUUGGCACUAGCCCCGCUAUCCACCUGGAAGUCUACUGCUCUUUCAUUGAUUAUCAUCCUUGCAUACACCUCAUCCCUUGGUUUCACGGUGUUGAUGGUGAUGGUGACAUUGUCGAUGUACUCAGUGCUUGUGUCACUGUCAGUCUGAUCAUCCACUUUGUGCAUUCUCUUGCUCACCAUGCACACAUUGGCAAAGUGGUUUUGCUUUCCACAUGCCUUGCAUGUUUGUCCGUAGGCUGGACACUUGUUUUUGUCUCUUGGAUGUUCCCUCCCACAGUACUUGCAUGUAGGUUUUCCUGCUUUGCCAGUGCUGUGCUUGCUUUGACCUCUUUUUGCUCCACCGCUCUGCUUUCCUUUCUUGAAGCUUGGCCGGAUCUUGUGUAUAUGAGCAGCGGAUCUGCUACUACCGGUCUCACUGAAAGCUCUGAGGUGAGAUUCAGCCGUCUCUGCGUUCUUGCAGAUGUCAAUGCAGCCAAGUGUCAGCUUCCUCUCUUGAAAUAACCGCUUCCUCGUUUGUGCAUCAUUGGUGCCCAGCAAUAUUUUGUCCCUGAGGAGACUGUCUCAUUCAUUGACAGAAAUUGCAUGAUUUGGCAAGAGAUCUGAGGUUGGCAAGGAAUGAUUAAAAACUCUCACCGAUUCUUGUUGUCGCUUGUUGAAAAGGUAUCUCUUAUAAGUUUCAUUUUUUUCGCCAACAGCAUACCGUUCGAAUGCUUCAAUGAUUUCAGCCAGGUUGCUAGUCUCCCCAUUAGUAAAUACAAAACUGUUGUAUAUCUCGA